AUGAGACUUUUCAACUUUGUCUUGACAAUUGCUUGUGCUUCGGCAUUACAAAUACCAUUCACCGCCAACAAACCUAAAGCUGCUAAUAUUGUACAAGAAGAUUCUAUCGCUCCGGCAUACCCUUUCAAUGAGGUUGAUUUGAGCUCAUUGAAUAUUCAUCAACAACUUCAUUUACAGAAUGAAUGGACCAAAUAUGAACAUCAAUUAGGCUUAGAGCAAAUGCUCGGCCAAUAUAACAAAUUUAAAAAGUUGUUUGAGAAACCCAAAACAGAUAUGACAUAUUCAAUUACAUCCGAUCCUGAAAGUACGCCAGAAAUACUUGGUUUUGACUCAGUAAAGCAAAUAUCUGGGUAUUUUCAUAUCAAGGAGACACACAAGAAAUUCUUUUAUUGGUUCUUUGAAAGUAGAAACGACCCAGCAAACGACCCAUUGAUUCUCUGGCUUAGCGGAGGCCCAGGAUGCUCGUCCAACAUUGGAUUGGCUAUGGAACUUGGUCCAAGUUGGAUCAAUGCUACUAUCCAGCCUGAUUUCAACCCAUACUCUUGGAACUCCAACGCAAGUUUAUUAUUCUUGGACCAGCCAGUAGCUGUUGGCUUUUCCGACGGUGAUGAUGACGAGAUUCCCUUUAGUACCGAGCAAGCUGCAAUCGACUUUGGCAAAUUUGUUGAAUUAUUCCGUAACCAAUACCCAGAAUAUGCCAAGUUGGAUUUCCACAUUGCUGGCGAGUCUUAUGCCGGUCAUUAUAUUCCCAGUUUUGCAUCUACAAUAGUCAAUAAUGGAGUACCUUUGAAAUCAGUUUUGAUUGGUAAUGGGAUUACUGACUUUGUGGUGCAAAUUGGCCAAGUGGCAAAUAUGGGUUGUGGCCAAGGUGGUAUUGGUCAAAUUUAUACUGAUGAAGAGUGCAGCAGCUAUGAGCAGUACUACAAAAAUUUUGUUCCGUUUGGUGAAUUAUGCUAUAAAUUUCCUAAUCCCGUCACUUGUUUUGUUGCCUUGUUGGCAACACCAAAUGCUCCAGACAAAGGUGACUUAAAUCCAUAUGAUUCAAGAGUCAAGUGUGGGGACAAUCCAUUAUGUUACGAGCAGAUUGGAUACAUUAAUGAAUAUUUCAAUUUGCCACAAGUUGAAAAAGCACUUCUUGGAAAUGUUCCAGAAAAGAAUUUUACCUCGUGCAACUCAAAAGUUGGUCAAAAAUUUAUAUUUGAAACAAUGAGACCAUACCAACAAUACGUUUCAGAGUUAUUGGACAAGGAAAUACCAGUCUUGAUAUACGUCGGUGAUAAGGAUUUGGUUUGUGAUUGGCUCGGUAAUUUAGCUUGGGUCAAUAAGCUUGAUUAUUCAGGCCACGAGAACUUCAAUGCUACAAAAUUUGCGCCAUGGUUUACCACUGAAGGUAUUCAGGCAGGUGAGGUCAAAAACUACAAGCAUUUCACCUAUUUACGAAUUUAUGAAUCCGGUCACAUGGUUCCAUUAGACCAGCCAAAGAAUGCAUUGAGUAUGGUUAAUCAAUGGGUCAGUGGUAAUUAUGCAUUAUCUUAG